AUGGCAGAGCCGUUAUCCCAAGCACCCACUGCUACAAAAAUGGCGUCACUUAACCGGGUCCGAGCUUUGGCGAUGAUUUUCUUAACUGUCACUGGCUGUUGUGUCGCCCCGACAAGUGGCAAGGAAGGGUCCGAGGAGACCGUCAUCAUAGGGCUCCGACUGGAGGACACGGACGACAUUUCCUUCAUGGCUAAGGGCUACCUGCGGGUGAGUGAGCGGUCUCGGGUGAAAUUAAGGGUGUAUGGGCAGAACAUCAACAACGAGACCUGGUCCAAAAUUGCUUUCACGGAACAUGAGCGGAGCCGGGCAGUAGGGAGCGUUGACAGCUCCUCGGGGGAUAACCAGAGCCAAGAGGACCCGUCCGGCUUGCAUCCCUGCGGCAUUAGGACUUCGGAUAUAAUUAUAUUGCCCAACAUCAUCCUGAAUCGAAAGACGUCCGGAAUAGUUGAAAUUGAGGUCAAACCUCUGCGAAAGACGGAGAGGAGUAAAGCGUAUUACCUUUGCAUCGCCACCUCCACACCGGCUGUGGCUGGGAUGCACGACCCGUGGACGGAGAACACUUGGAUCUACCACGAUGGGGAUGACACCAAAGUGAUAGUGGUGGAGGAGAAAAAGUUUCUGCUGCCUUUCUGGCUCCAGGUUAUCUUCAUCUCCAUGUUGCUUUGCCUGUCGGGUAUGUUCAGCGGGUUGAACCUGGGGCUCAUGGCUCUGGACCCCAUGGAGCUCCAGAUAGUCCAGAACUGCGGCACGGAAAGGGAGAAGAAUUACGCCAAAAAAAUAGAGCCGGUCAGGAGCCAAGGGAAUUACUUGCUUUGCUCGCUCUUGCUCGGGAACGUGUUGGUGAACACCACGCUGACAAUCCUGCUGGAUGAUAUCGCCGGUUCGGGUUUGAUUGCGGUGGUCAUGUCCACCAUUGGAAUUGUAAUUUUUGGAGAAAUCGUGCCCCAGGCCAUCUGCUCCAGACAUGGCCUCGCGGUCGGUGCCAACACCAUAUUCCUCACUAAGUUCUUCAUGCUGCUCACCUUCCCCGCUUCUUACCCUGUGAGCAAGCUUCUGGACUACCUGCUCGGACAGGAGAUAGGAACCGUGUACAACCGUGAGAAGCUUCUGGAGAUGCUGCGCGUCACGGACCCCUACAACGACCUGGUGAAGGAGGAGCUGAACAUCAUCCAGGGUGCGCUGGAGCUCAGGACUAAGACCGUGGAGGACGUGAUGACGCCGCUGAGAGAUUGCUUCAUGAUCCCUGGGGAUGCCACCCUCGACUUUAACACCAUGUCCGAGAUCAUGAAGAGCGGCUACACGCGCAUCCCGGUCUUCGAGGGCGAGAGGUCCAACAUAGUGGAUCUGCUCUUCGUCAAGGACCUGGCCUUUGUGGACCCGGAUGAUUGCACCCCACUCAAAACCAUCACUAAGUUUUACAGCCACCCGUUGCAUUUUGUGUUCAAUGACACCAAGCUGGAUGCAAUGCUGGAGGAGUUUAAAAAAGGAAAAUCCCACCUGGCCAUAGUUCAGAGGGUGAACAAUGAGGGUGAGGGAGACCCUUUCUAUGAGGUUCUGGGUAUUGUCACCCUGGAGGACGUUAUUGAAGAAAUCAUCAAGUCAGAGAUCCUGGACGAGACUGACUUGUACACUGACAACAAGACGAAGAAGAAAAUCACCCAUCGGGAAAGGAAGCAGGAUUUCUCGGCCUUCAAGCCUACCGACAAUGAAAUGAAGGUUAAAAUAUCACCUCAGCUUCUGCUGGCUACCCUGCGUUUCCUAGCAACAGAGGUCGAGCCAUUUGCUCCUGUGCAAAUGUCAGAAAAGAUUCUGCUGCGCUUGUUGAAGCAUCCAAACGUCAUCCAGGAGCUGAAAUACGACGAGAAGAACAAGCGGGCGGUAGAACACUACCUCUUCCACAGGAACAAGCCCGUGGAUUAUUUCAUCCUCAUUCUGCAGGGGAAAGUGGAGGUGGAGGCAGGAAAAGAGGGGAUGAAGUUUGAAGCGGGGCCGUUUUCCUUCUAUGGGAUGAUGGCUCUGACAGCCUCUCCAGUAUGUAUACUCGUUAGACUUGGAUCCAUUAGACUUCUGUCUUUUAAACAUCUUUUCCCGCUCUUUCACCUCCUUACAGAAAAUAAAUCUCCUCCACGGCCGUUUGGACUCAACCACUCCGACUCUCUGAACAGGAGUGAUCGCAUCGACGCCAUCACUCCGACGCUGGGCAACAGCAACAACCAGCUCAACUCCUUCCUGCAGAUCUACGUACCCGACUACUCAGUCAGAGCGCGCUCAGACCUGCAGUAUAUAAAGGUAACACGUCAACAGUACCAGAACGCCGUGAUGGCGUCACGGAUGGACAAGACACCCCAAUCCACAGACAGUGAGUUCACUAAGAUCGAGCUCACGCUGACGGAGCUCCACGAUGGAGUGGAGACCCCAGCAGUCGUCACCACCACAGCCAGCACCACUAGCACCACCCCUGCCGUGGCCAUAGCUGUGGCCAACGAGACGUCCCACCUGCUCAACCAGCAGCAGAACUGUGUGGGCCUCAGCAGGAGCAACCACAGCGCCCACAACGAGGGACCCAUCUAG